CAAAAAGAAAAAAGGAAAAAAGGGAGAAAAUUGGUUCCUCUCUGUCAGUCCGUGCAUUGUGUGGCAAUCUACAGCUUGUCAGCCUUUUUCCCCCAAUCUCUUCUUCUCCUUUCUCCUCCUUCCUCUCUGUGUCUACUUCUUCUUCUUCUCCCUGGUCCUCGAUCUGGUUCAAAUUUUGGCUUUCUGUCCCUGAGAAACGGCGGCGUUUCUGACCAUCUUCCCAACUUCUCUCUGCAAACAGCAGCUGGAGAAGGAGUUGACCCUGCCCCCCUCCCUGCACUUCCUUCGAGCUCCUGGGAGUUUGAAGGCGAUCUAAUUUGAAUGGAGAUGGAGACUUGCCCUUCGAUUCCUCCAGCUUCAAAUUCUGCCUAUUUGCAGAAAUUCAGACUCUAUGAGACUCGAUCGCACUUUUAUAUGAUCGGAAGAGACAAAAGCAGAACCGUUUGGAAGGUGUUAAAGAUUGAUCGAUCAGACCAAUCUGAAUUAAAUAUCCUAGAAGAUUCGACUUCAUAUAGCGAAAGUGAAUGCUGUGACUUGCUGCGGAGAAUACAUGAAGGGAAUAAAGGGAUUGGUGGACUGAAGUUUGUAACUGUUUGCUAUGGAAUAGUCGGAUUCAUUAAAUUUUUGGGGCCUUAUUACAUGCUGCUGAUAACCGAAAGAAGGAAGAUUGGUGCUAUUUGUGGCCAUUCAAUAUAUGCAAUCACCAGGAGCGAGAUGAUCCCAGUUCCUGUGCAGUCAAAUAUGACUAAUUCUAAGAAUGAGAACAGGUCUUUUGUCCAUUCUGCAUGUAAAUGGAACAAGUACUUGGUACUCUUAAGGAGACUUGUCAGAUUGGUUCUCAAAAAUACUCACUGUUUCUUUGUAACUAGUCGAGGACUUUCUGACAGUCAUGAUUGUUUUCUUUUUCAUCCAGUGAAUUGUUUGGGACCAAUAAUAUGGGUUUCUUGUCAAUAUCAAUUUAGAGUAGGCAUAUUCAACGUUGCAGAGGUGAUCUCUGUUCUAUAUUUGUCGGCGCUAUACCUUUUGGUGUUAAUUAAUGGCGCGGGGAUCCAUUAUUCAAAGCUUAUUUAUAGUUCUUCUACUAGCGUUAUCUAUUUCUUCGUUCUUUGUUCUUCUUCCGCUUCUUUAUGUGCCCUUUUUAUUUAUGCAGUAUUAGAAGUUGCUACCAUAUUCUUGUUAGUUUCCCGUGUUGUAUUGGUACCUUUUGCCUGUUGGUCUUGUUAUGUACAGGGGAAAAAUCAUUGCUGUUGUGAUGUUAAUAUAACGUAUUGAAUGAAGCGAGGUAUUGUCAAGAGUUUGUGGGGGAAAGAAUACAAGAAGCUUCUUUGCAUGGUGGAUCUUACAAGGGACUUCUUUUUCAGCUAUUCAUACAAUGUUAUGCAUAGUCUUCAAAAGAAUUUAUGUAAUAGUGAGACAGGAAAGCUCCAUUAUGAGACCAUGUUUGUCUGGAAUGAAUUCUUAACUCGAGGAAUCAGGAACAACCUCAAGAACUCUGCCUGGACGGUGGCACUAGUACACGGGUUCUUUAAGCAGGUCAAAUUAUCAGUUUCUGGAAGGGACUUUAAGCUGACUCUCAUUUCCAGACGGUCGAGGCAUUAUGCUGGAACAAGAUACUUGAAGCGUGGGGUAAAUGAGAAAGGAAGGGUUGCUAAUGAUGUCGAGACUGAACAAAUUGUAUUUGAAGAUUCUCCUGAAGGGCAUUCAGUCCAAAUAAGUUCUGUCGUCCAGAACCGGGGUUCAAUUCCACUUUUCUGGUCUCAGGAAACUUCAAGAUUGAAUAUCAAACCAGAUAUUAUAUUAUCGAAGAAGGAUAAAGCCUACGAGGCAACUAGGCUCCAUUUUGAAAAUCUUGCAAAGAGAUAUGGGAAUCCAAUAAUCAUUUUGAAUCUAAUAAAGACUCAUGAAACAAAACCCCGAGAGAGCAUACUCCGAGCAGAGUUUGCAAGUGCCAUCAGGUUUAUCAACAUGAGUUUACCUAAGGAGAAUCGCUUGAGGUUCCUUCACUGGGAUCUGAACAAACACUCUAGAAGAGGUACCAACGUAUUGUCACUUCUUGGAAGAGUUGCUUCAUAUGCUUUGAACUUGACCGGCAUCUUCUAUUGUGAAGUCUCAUCUAGUCCGGGGCAUGAGGGAUUACUAAAUAAUUUCUGCUCGAAGGAAAGCCCUACAAUUGAAUGUGACAAUUCGAGCGAGUCUGGCCCUGUAAUCAGUGACUUAAAUAACGAUGAUAGUAAAGAAAACAAGAUCAAAGGACCUACUCUUCAAAAGGGUGUCUUGAGGACCAACUGCAUAGACUGUUUGGAUCGCACCAAUGUUGCUCAGUAUGCUUAUGGUUUGGCGGCUCUCGGAAAGCAGCUGGAUGCACUAGGGUUUUUAGAAUUCCCUAGUAUCGAUCUGGAUAACCCAUUAGCAGAGAAUUUGAUGCGCCUGUAUGAAUUGAUGGGUGACACGCUUGCACGGCAGUAUGGCGGGUCCGCUGCACAUAAUAAGAUAUUUUCUGAGAGAAGAGGGCAGUGGAAAGCUGCAACUCAGUCCCAAGAGUUCUUCAGAACUCUGCAGAGAUACUACAGUAAUGCAUACGUCGAUGCUCAGAAACAAGAUGCCAUUAACGUAUUCCUGGGCUACUUUCAGCCACAGGAAGGAAAGCCGGCACUGUGGGAAUUGGACUCUGAUCACCAUUACAAUAUUGGAGGCCGUAAUCCUGAUUUGCUUAUUGAGAAUCCCAGGUCAUUAUUUAAAAGAUCAAUGUCUGAUGGAAAUCUAGUCUUUGAAAGUGAAAGUGACUCGCUUGAAACGAAUACCAGAGUUGGACAAAAUUUGCUCUUGGCUGAUAAACAACGAGGCGUUGAGAAGGGUUUCUCAGACUCUACCCCCGAGAUCUCGACUGGUGAUAGUGACAUGUCUUUCUCCAGGUUCAAUCCAUCGAUGACUCCCAAGCAGCUCUUUGAAGAUAUAGGAGAAGACCAAUACGAAAGUAAUCCCAUUUGUUACGAUGAACAUGGAGAUACGUGUAGCUGCUCAAAUUUUCUCGAUCUGGAGUGGCUCUCUUCAUCAGGAAAUUCCUGCGAGGAAGAUCCAAGUGACAGAUCCAUUGCCGGUCUGUCCUCUGAGAAUCUCGUGAAUGAAGCCAGAACAGAGAUCUCUUCAGCUGCAAGUGACUCUGGCCCUAGCUUGCAGGGAAGUUAUCGCGCUGGUAGUAGUGAGCUCGGGUGCAAUGAGUUGGUCGGGUAUUCACAACGAUUUGUUCAGUGGGUAAACGAUGGUGUCACCAUGUUCCACUGAAAUGACAUUUCCAAUUUUGAUCCGAGAUUCCCCUCGAGUGAUAUUCCUCAUCCUAAGGAUGUGGAUUUGACGGACAGAAGAACACAGAAAAUAAGAGCAGGAGUCUGGUGGCUCUCAUACUAAAGCUGACAUCAUCGCGGCAAGCAUUCUCGUGCUGAUAACAGUGCUGUCGAGCAUUGGUUCGUCGGAGUUGCAAGGAAUGCUGGUUUGGAUAAACGAGCUCUCCCCCAUGAUUCAUUUGGACAACGUCCCCCAGAAAACAAGAAAUCUGAAAGCAAAACCCCUUGUACAUAGUUGCUAGACCAUUAGAUAAUCCCCCAAUAUAUAGCGUUUUCGAAAUGAAUCUGCAUAGCGACAAUUGACGAUAGACUGAUUUAAGGUUAUACUAUCUCGUCCAGAUGACUUCCGAGCUUCUGACUUACAUUUUUUAAUGGCUACUGGAGAACCUUAAGGUCCUUAACUAGAAGGGAAGUACUUGGUUUCCUCACUUUCCUGAAUAAGAUUGGUUCGUUUAUCGCCAACCAUAACUAUAAGUCGCUUCACAAUGUAUAUUGUAUGCUGAUUACUUGAAUUUUGGGACGCACACCUCAUUUAGGUGUUCUAGAGCUGAAAAUACCAACUUGGGAGGGAAUAAGCC